AUGUUCAGGAGUGCGUCUCCGUAUCUUUAUAAAGCGACCAGAAGGCGUGCUUAUUUCAAGCGCAUCGGAAUCUUAGUCCCACCAACAUGGAGCGAUGAUCCACAAUACCUGGAUGCUAACCUUGAAACGUUUGACAAUGCCGACUUCCGGGUGGACACUGGGAACCCGAAUAACAAUCCGUAUACAAGGCAAUUAGGCCCAUGUGGAGAGCCCGCCGACUACUGCCAUUUGACCCCCGACUAUAUACUCGACACUCAUAAAGAUACUUAUCAGAGAUUCGGACCCCCUGGUCGUGUUUUGGUUCAUGAGUUUUCCCAUUUGCGAUACGGAGUGUUUGAUGAAUAUGGGGAAGAGAACAGCACAAAGGCACCACCGUUUUAUAUUGGGGCAAACGGAAAACCAGCAGCUACAGGAUGCACUGAUAAAAUAAACGGCAUUUUCAUACAUAAAACCACCAAAGGUCGAUGUCGACGUAUGCCUUACACUGGUCUACCAGAGGCCGACUGUAGGUUCAUUCCUGAUCCUAACCAGACCACAAAGGCCUCUGUAAUGCAUAUGCAGUUUCUCGAUUCGGUCGUAACGUUUUGUGAAACGAGUUCAACAGAUCCGGAUCUUCAACACAACAUAUUGGCUCCGAAUAUGCAAAAUAGGAAGUGUAAUAAACGAGGCACGUGGGAUGUCAUUUUGGAACACAAUGAUUUCGCUGGGAAUAACAAUCCCCCAAGAGACAUUUUUGAUCUGACUCCGGAUAUACAAGUUGUAAAAAGAAGGAAUUCUGGCGCAUGUAAACGAAUGGUUUUAGUAUUGGACAGAUCAGGAAGUAUGGGUGGCAACAGACUGUUUGUACUGGCCCAGGCCGCCUACAAAUUCAUCAUCAGCACGGCGCCUGAUGGAGUGGAGCUUGGUAUUGUUGUGUUUGAUACUAAUGCCGCCAUAGGGCAUCACAUGCAGCAGAUUCGUGAUAUACAUGAUCGUGAGAGUUUGGUUGCAGGGUUGCCUACAUCAACAGGGGGGUCUACUGAAAUUGGAGAGGGGGUCCUAUUGGCAUUGGACAUGUUAAAGUAUAAUAGUGUUUCUACUGCUGGUGCAAAGAUUCUAGUGAUGUCAGACGGUGGAGAGAAUCCUGGAGGAAAUACCAUAGAUGUAGUCUUGGCAUCAGGCGUAUUUUACAACACUGGCAUAACAGCCGAUAUCAUUGCAUUUAGUAAUAGUGCUGCACAGAGUCUUGAACGAUUGGCGAGUAGGACAGGUGGUAGAGCAUUUUUCUAUUCCGAGGACCCUCGUUCUACUGCUUUGGACGAUUCAUUUGUCAGCUCAUUGGGCGACACUACGAACUGCCAAGGGACACAGCCAGUUGAGAUAAGAAGCGAGAAGAUGCACGUUCGGACGUCGAGGCCCACACAGCAAUCCAUUUUCGUAGACCAUUCUCUUCGGCGAGAUACGACAUUCAUGUUUACUCCUCCUCCUAGCAUUAGAAAUACAGGGACUAUAGUGAUCCAGGUUACAAGCCCGAGCGCGAGAAUUUACACAGUAAGACAUCCUGAAUAUACAGAGCAUCAACACUUUGUUGUGAUACGAAUUUUCAUUCCUGGUGUAUCUGAGAGUGGAUAUUGGCAAUAUACAAUCCAAAAUCUAAUGGUAGAUGGUUAUGUUGGAGUUAACAUACGAUCGACUCCCACGACAAGGUCUAGUGGAAUUACGAUGAGAUCUUGGGUUAACAAACUACAAGUGAAUGUCCCAACUGAUACUGCUAUUGUAUAUGCUGAACUAGCACAGGGUUAUUCUCCAGUCAUCAGAGCCCAUGUAGAAGCAACUAUUGAACUACCAGGACGACAUUUCAAAGAUAUAUUACUUUAUGACAACGGUAUAGGUAGCGAUAACUUCAAAGAUGACGGGGUCUACUCAAAUUUCUUCACCGACGUAAAUGGUGAUGACCGCUAUGCUGUUACAGUGAAAGCUAGUAACCCAAACGGAACUGCGGUGUUACUUCAUCAUUCUAGGUCAUCUGGAAGCCCUGCGUAUGACCAAUUACAUGAAAACGAGAAUGAAUGGCACGAGAGCAUUGGAAACUUCCAAAGAGAAGCAUCUGGUGGUUCUUUCAAAGUAAGAAAUUCUGGCAGAAAAGGGGAAUAUGAUCUAGGGAGAGUUGAGGACCUUUCCGUUGAGAGAAUCUCUAUUGGAAACAGAACAGUCACUUUGACGUGGACAGCUCCUGGAAGAAAUGCGUUUUCAGGAAAAGUGGCCCGGUUUGAAAUUUUCAUUCAUCACAAAAUAGAGGCGCUGGUUGCAAAUCAUCUCAACGGAUAUGUUCUUCAUCCAUCUGACCUAGUUAAUGGAACACUAGAUCCACUACCAGCAUUUAGUAAACACAGAAUUGUAAUUCAGUUCCCUAAGACUGAUGACGAAAUGUCGUACAGCUUUGUGAUGCGGUCUUGGAACGAACAUAACAAGCCUGGUGAACUGUCUAACUACGUAACGGCUACCUUAAUGGAUUUGUACGAUGCUCCUGAAACGACAACGCAGGGAAGUACUGCAACAACUGGAAAUACUGUACAGCGACCCCAGGCAUCACCAAGUGGAGAUAACACUCUUGGAUUUUUCCUUGGAAUUCCCUUGGCUGUCGUUGCACUCAUUCUCAUCAUCAUUUUAUGCAUCUACGCUUUGGUCGUUAGGAAGAAAAAAAAAAUUGAUGAUGAAAAACCUUUCACUCGAGCUGUUGAUGCUGAGAAUGCAGCUUGGGAAAUGGUGUCUCACAGACCACUGUUUGUCAACCAUGCGUACAACUCAACACCGGGUCACAGUAGAAGGCUGUCAGAAAGUGAAAUGAGAUCCCAAAAUGGCAUUUCAACAGUGUACGAUAGAGUAAUGUAACUCAUCCAACGCAGAUGAUUGACAAGAUAAAAGUUAAUGGAUAUGUGUAGCUCAUGAAGAAAUAUAUGCAGAUUAAUGUUUUGACAUAUCAUGAAUCAGAGAUGUAACAUAUAAAUGUGCUUGGACACGGAACAAAUGACAUCUGCAACUCGUUUAGAAAUUGCAAAAUGUUUAAAACAUAAUGUUUAUACGUACUUAACAUAAAACCUAUUAGUCUCAGAGAAAAUUAUACAAAUUAAAAACACAUUGAGAACAUUGAUUUAUAACCUUAAUGUUUGCAACUGAGUGUUGAUUUAGCCCUUUGGUUCUCGUAUUAGUACUUUUGCAAGUCUUUGUUUGCGCUUGAUUGGUUUGUAGAAUGAUAGUUGAAGGUUGAUAAAUUAACCCUAAUGAGGGCAACGUAUUUUUCAUAACACGGACACGGAGGGUCAGACCCCCCCCCCCCCACCUGAGGGUGUUGACGUUGAAGAGGAUGUGUAUUACAAUUUUCAAAACUUGACGAGGGAGGUUAUUAAAUUCUCAAAAAAGUAGGUCAAGUGAGGUCAAAAUAAGUUCAAGGAAAUAAUUUUUGAUGUAUUUUUUCUUUUUCAAUCAAUGAAUCCUAUAUGAACAAAACAAAUGUUUACAUGUAUUGAGGCAUGAAUCAA